UGGUCGGUGUGAAUACCGGCUUGAGCCGGUAAAGAGCUGCCAAGACCAGCAGGAAAUAAUUCGGAGAAAACAAAAGAUGCAGCUGGCUGUGGCAGCAGGAAAAUAGACCAAAGUGAUAUCGGCUUUGUUAUUGCCUCAUUUUUUGUAGCAGGAGGAACUAUUAGCAUAGUUAUCAUAGUUACUAUAAUUCUUAAACGACAUAUUUAACAUUCACGUAAAUUAUUACUUGGCAAAUGAGCCUAUAACUUACAGUAGUUAGUUUAAUGGACAUUAAAAUGAAGACGAAAUAGGGAAGCGAUCGUUGUUGAACCGGAAGGCGGCUGUUCAACCUCAACUCUGCCGGUGGGGUGGCCUGCUGUAGCCAUGAGGGUGCCCCAUUCCCAGAGCUGUUUGGGUCCAAAUGUUUACCCAGAGGUGCCUGAUGGUGGCUGGGGCUGGGCCGUGGCCGCGGCCUUCUUUGUGGUGGAGCUCUGCACCUAUGGGACCCUCAAGAGCCUGGGUGUCUUCCUCCAGGAUCUCAUGGAAGAAUUUGGAGAGAGCAACAGCCGAGUGUCAUGGGUCAUCUCCAUCUGUGUUUUCAUCUUUACCUUCAGUGCCCCCCUGUCAACAUUCCUAAGUAACCGCUUUGGCUAUCGUCCUGUUGUGAUGAUGGGAGGCUUCCUCACCAGCCUGGGGACCAUCACCUCCGCCUUCACCAACUCCAUCAAUGAGAUGUACAUUACCACCGGGAUAAUCUCAGGCCUUGGCUACUGCUUCACCUUCCUUCCCACCGUCACCAUCCUAGCCCAGUACUUCUCCAGGCGCAGAGCCCUCGUCACCUCCAUCGCUUCCUCCGGAGAAUCUUUCGCCAUAUUUGCAUUUGCUCCAGCCCUCACUGCACUGAAGCAACACAUCAGCUGGCGCUACUGUCUGGUUAUCCUCGGCAUCUUUCAGGCUUCUAUGAUUGGCUGUGGGCUUCUCCUUCGUCCAAUCAUUAUUGAGCCGGAGCCUGUAAAGGAGGACAGUGAAUCAGACAAAGAGUCCCUCUCUCUAAAACAGCUUCAGACUGUUUACGAGCUGGACAACGAACAAACCAGGACCUCCAUCAGCUCUGGAGUCUCCCGGGGCUCAGAGGACUCAGGUGUUACCUCGCUUUCUGCCUCAAAUGUAGACCUGAGGACGGCAGGAGCUGAAAACAAGGCUCUGAUGCAGUGGGAGGUGCAGGUCAAAGAGGGCAUGGAGCCUUCACUGUCCCCAGAUCCCACUCCAGCCACGGAGAAGGAGGAGGGUAAACUGGAAGAGGCAGAGGCGGGUCCUCUCCAUCCUUCCAGGCCCAAACUUCUGGACUUCUCUGUGCUUAAAGACGGUGCCUUUAUCUGCUACUCCCUCUUUGGUUUAUUCGCCACGCUGGGCUUCUUCGCUCCGCAGCUCUACAUCAUUGAACUGAGCAAGAGCCGGGGCGUGGAGCCCAGCAUGGCAUCCUACAUGCUCUCUGCCAUGGCUGUGGCUGAGAUCUUCGGCCGCUUGUCCAUCGGGGUGGUGUUGAACAGAGUCUGCUGCAGGAAGACCCUGGUGCUGCUGGGCUGUGUGAUUGUGCUGUGCCUGGUGCUCAUGGCCUUCACUAUCGUGUGGGAGUUCUGGGGCCUUGUGGUCUGCUGUGCCCUCUAUGGUUACUUCAUGGGCACAGUCGGCUCCACCCACAUCCCCAUGCUGGCUGAGGAGGACGUUGUGGGCAUCCAGAAGAUGGCUUCCUCGGUGGGAGUGUACGUCUGCAUCCAGAGCUUUGCUGGGCUGGCAGGGCCGCCACUAGGAGGUGUGUUGGUGGAUGCCACAGAGAACUACGGUGCUGCCUUCUAUUCCUGUGCAGUGGGCAUGGGCCUCGGUGCUAUCUGCCUGGCUCUAGUUGGCCCCGCCAAGUCUGCCACGUGCCAAAGACAGAGAAGAAGCAAAGAGGACGGCUCCAGCACAGAGGAGGAGGAAAACAUGUCUCAGGACAAUGAACAACCAGACUUUUUGGAGGUAGACUUGGCCCUGGAGGACAGUCCGGUUAAAAAGGAUGUGGAUCAGGGCAGCGCCUCUGUAAUCUGAACUGGGCUACAGCAUGACACCACCUCAUAACCAAUGACGCGCUGCCAGGGCCAACUACAAGUGGAGUCCAGGUGCACUGCAAGAGGCUGCAAGGUCACUUAAACUAAUUCACACAGAUGGUCCUCACAGAUGCUGCUGGUUUCAAAUCUCAGGUGUCUCUCUCUCUCUCACACAUUCUGACAAGCUUGAAGCUCACUCCUUCCCAGGGAGGAAACCGUCUCCCCCUGAGACCAAAGGCAUAUCCAUGUUGAGCACAUGGUGUCACUCUAAUCUAAGUUCACACUACACAACUUCCAAAGCCAACAGAUUUCUGUUUCUGUUCACACUGGUUAACUUCUGUCUUGAAAGUGUUGUUAUCUUACACCUGGUGAUUAUGUGAUAAGUGUGUCAUGUGUUGCGCAGGUCAGAUCACAUAUCAGGACCAGGUGGGUGCAUGGUAGAAAAUGUCAAGGUCCAAAAAUGACAAAGCAGCAUAAGUUAUCAGGUUAAAAAUGUUCAGAAACGUUGAGUGCCAUAGUCCACCUUCUCUUUACCUCUCUUUGUCACUCUCUCCCUCUCAAGCACACACACACACACAUACACACACACACACACACACACACACACACACACACACACACACACACACACACUCCUUGGACAACACUGCAGUGCAGCUCGUCUCUGUCCUCAACCCGUGUCUUGAGCUCUUUAUUGGCUGUAUCUCACUGACAAAGGUCCAGGUAUUUAUCAUGUUAGAUAUAUGGGGAGCACCUGUGUCAACAUAGCGUUUUUCUCUCAACGCCAGCAUCUUUUUACAAUUGUUUCCUAUCAGCAGCGGGCGUCUGCUUUUUCUUUAUGUUGGAGCUCUCAACAUUUUUUGUGCAGCUGCUCCCAGUGCUCCUAGUUGAAAAUCUCAAAACUUUUCAGAAAGUCGGCGGUAAUGUCACCGCUUUUUAUCUAGGGUGCUGUCAUAACGAAGACAGAGAGGUCUGUGAGAGAAGGUCAGACAGCAGACACUGGAUGUUUGCUGGUUUAUGUUGUGCUUUUAUCACUGCACUGUUGUAAGCUUGUUGUUAACUGUGUAGUCAAACCCCUGUUAACAUAGCAUCACAUUUGCUUACUAGCCAACGUUAGUGUCAAGAUAUCGUUGUCGUAUUAACAAAACCCACAUUCAGUGUGUCAUAUAUAAAAGGUGCUGGGAGUGCUUUUUAUGAUGCGCUUGGCAGAAGCUCUUUUCAGCUCCAUGCCACCACUUUUCUGCUGAAGAAAAACACUGUGUGGACGCAGGGGGUGACACUCUCAGCUGCCGUCUCUGAGCAGUGCUGAGCCAACACCAAUCUGUUUGUAUUGUUGAGAGCUCCAAAAAUUGUCAGUGAGUGAAAUAUUAGGGGUAAAGUUGUGUAGUGUGAACACAGCAUUAGGUUUAGAGAGAUAUCUCCUUCAGCUGUUUAGGGCAAAUCCACGCUUAUUAAGAGCUUUCAAAAUCCUCAGUUUGAGUUACGUUACCUCAGGAAGAAGUGUUGUCAUGUGUGGUGACAUUUCAUGAACAUUUAGUUGGACAAAACAGUCAUGAUAUCUGUCAGAAGCCUCUGCGAUAUCAUGACUGUGUUGUGCGCGUUGAUUCCUGCUCAUGUGGAGGCGUCUGUCCUCAUCCAACCCCUGCAACACCUCAUUCUUUCCUGCUGCACUCCUGCAGUGUGUGUUUUUGAACUAAUGAUGGACGCACACUGCACAACCACACAAUGUGGUCACUUCUCUAGCAAAAUGUAGAGAGUGUAACACACCAUGGCUUUAAAUUUCCCCCUCCCUGCAAAAUGACAAGUAGACAGUCUGCCUGCAUGCACUUGAUGCAUGGAGAAAGAUCUCACUGCUGCUUUAGCUGGACAAGAAAAUGCAGUCGUGCAGUUUGUAAAUACGUUUUGUCUCCUGUCUGUCAGUCUUACGCACAUUCACAAUGUGACAACAUUGAUAUUUAAUUUCCACCACUAUGGUAACUAAAGCAAUAUUGUGUUGUGUUGUGUUCACUGAUCUUUAGAAUGAAUGAAGGAGCUUCAGCUCAGUCUCUGCACGUGGAGCCUGUAAUCUAUGAUCCUAUGACACUGGAGGUUUUGGGAUUUAUUUUGCAUGAGCCUGAGAAGCUUUAAAUCCUUCAGCAGUGCUUUGGGUGAACACAUUGACUGUGUAUGUGUUGUCAUGAUCCUGCUGAUGUACUGUAGAGUGAUCUUGUUACAAGUAACAUAGAAAGUGAAAAGCAAUCAUGAUUUAACAGAAGAACCUGAGGGUUCACAUUGAUUUAUUUUCCAAUGGCAUGGCUAACAAAAUACAAUGUUUGAGUUUUUCUCAGUCGCUUUGGUACAUUUCUCAAAUGUAAAACGAAAGUCUCGGAACUAUUUGUUCAGCCCACACAUUAUUUAGUCAUUAUAUGUACACAUUGUAAAAGCAAUUUUUCACUCUUUGGAAAAUUUACAAAUGCUUUGGCAUAUUCAUGCAGUGAUUAUGCACAUUGCCAGCCUGCUAGCAUACUAAAGUUGUCCAAUACCGUCACCUCGUUAGUGAUUUUGGCAUUAGACACCAACGCCAAAAGCCACCUUUUGUGGCAUUAUUAUAUGUCAGGCGACAUCAGUUUGUAAUGUGCCUGGACAAAACCUUUUAUGAUGUCAGGAUUUCCCGCCGGUUAGCUGGACUGCACAUGUUGGGGCAGUGUGAUACGUGGACGGAUGGCAUCAGUUCAUAACGUGACAGACAGCACCUGUUGCAGCCAUAUGAUACACUGCUAGAUGGCAUCAGUUUGUCCAACAAACCCCGGACUUUUACGCAGGAGCAUUUUGCUUCCCACAUAAAUAUUAAACCAAACUAUGCCUAAACCAAACAUUUGCUUUUUUUGAUGUCAUGGCAGUCAUAUGUAGACGUAAAAGUCCAGUGACAAAGCAGUGAUAGGAAGGUAUCCGUGAUGUAUAGAUGAGAAUCACAGACAGCAACGCCAGGAGAUGUAGAGAGACUGCACUAUAGUUCCCCACACAGCGCUAUAUGUACAGUUCUGCCAAAGAACUGUUUCCUAUGUUUACAUUUCUAAUUCUAUUUUUUCCCUUGUACAGUGCUGAAAAACAGUCUCGUCUUUUUAUUUUCGCACGGUCUGCCAACAAAUUAGAGUACAAACUGUUGAGGUGUAAAUGUUUCAAAUCUCUCGCAAUCGAUCUUCAACAUACAUGUCAUCAACACCUGAGCCAGCGCUGACAUCAGAAAAGUACACUGUCAUAUUACAUGGUGAAGCAUUCUGACUGCCCUGUUUGUCACUGACAUGACAUAAAUAUUAACUUAUUCAUCAGAAACUAAGGAUUUUGUGCACAUAACAGGCUUUUGCAGGUAAUUCUUUGUGUGGUACUGUUUUGGGAAAAUGUGCUUAAUAUUUUACAAAUUCUAAGGAUGAUUGGAGAACUGCACCAAAGUGAUUAAGUAAAAUGUCAAGCUUACACCUAGAGAUGGUCAUAUGCAGUAAACUCAGUGGUGUUUUUAGAUGGAAAAAAAAUGCAAAAAUACAAUUUCUUGUACAAAUGUAAAACCAGAAAAUGACAUUUGACUGAAUGCAGUAUUAUAAUUUUUCUACAUAGAACACAUAACCAUUUCCCCGUCAACUUCCUGUUAAACUCCUCAAGUCCCCAUUAGUCUUGACCUAUGCUCUAUGGAGCAAUCCUGAUUUUUCCUGAUAAUAAUAAUAAUCCUCUCAUAGAGAUGCUGGAGAUCCUGGAAACCUGUUCUUGACAGAGCACCAUCCCAUCAAUGACAGAUGCAAAAAACAUCUUCUUUGACUAGCUGGUUAAUUUCUUUUUUUUUCCCCUCCAGAAGAACCACUCCACAUUAAGGGGCCAUUUACACUGCAACAGUUCAUUAAACUUUUGUUGCAGUUUGAAAAAAAACAACAAAACUGAGCUAUGUUUGUGCUGCUGACUCUACUAAGGUUAUUAACGCUGUCAGUUCCCGUGCACAGGUUCACCAUCAUCUGUAUUAUAGUGAGAUAGGUUUACACUCACCACUCUGUACAAGAAUGCCUUUAUGUGCAGGCGCAUGGUCUUCUCCCUAUGGUGUCAUUACAAAGUUACACUGCCAACUACUGGCCUGGCAUGCAUACUACAUAGUUUUCAGUUUUUGCAGAUCCCUGUACACUAGGAUCAUUUUCACAAUGUUAUCAUAUGAACGCAGAUUAUAAAUGCAAAGGAAAUACUUAAGUUUUUAGUGGGCUGUUCUUGUCUAAACAUAAUCUAAAUCUAACAAUUUUCCCAGCAGUUUGUUUUAUUAAUAAUAUCCCCUGGCCGGUUGCCACUGAGGUGUUGAAUCUCAAGUUUUUCUUCACAAGGCAGACUUUCAAAUUUGUGCUAUACACAGCUGUUGUCUUCUCUAAAGAAAAUGGUAACUUCUAUCUUCAUUGAAGAAAUUCUAACUUCUGCUAACUACAAGCAAAUGAAUACAACAGUAUUUGGAAAAUAUUAGAUACAAUCCAGCAGGGCAACAGCCAUCAGCCUCACAAUAGAUUUGUGCCGUUAAAAUGCCAAAGGCUUUGGGCAUGCAUAUUGUUGUUUGUCCACACACGAAGCACUGUGGGUGUGAGGCUGUACCCACAUAUCAGCCUCUCAAGCCAAGCUCAACUAAAACACCACUUUAAAACCUUUCCAUCAGCCUCUCAUCUUAGACUGUAGAAUAGUGAUAAAUAACAGCCGCCACCAAGGAUACUCUAGGUCAUGUAUUCGCCCGCAAUAUUAGUUUCAAAGUUACCCAGUACCACUAAAACCACACCUCUUUCUGCUGCUAGCAGGGGGGGGCUCUGGCCCCACCUGCUCCAAAUGACCAUUCGUCUAGAAGUGUAUGUGUAUGUAUGCAAAGGUGUGUGUCUCAGAUUUGACAGGAGAGAAACUCCACAUGAAGCGAGUCCCCCCUGUAGCCUCAGAUCAUUUCCACACCAACUCACCAUGACUUUAAGUUUACUUCACAGACCUUUCCUUAAGCACUGUAUACCCUUUAUUUCAACUGUUUAUAAUGAUGAUAUGAUGCUCAUUUUUAUUCUUAUUUUUAAUCAUUGAUUUGAGUGCCAGGUGGGUUUUUUAAAAAAAAUAAAAUCUUCU